AUGCCUUGGGUUGAUAACUUUAUUAAUCUUUCGAUUAAGCUUGAAAAUCAAUGCAAUGAUUCACGAGAAAAAGCAUAUCACACCUUAAUGAGAGAACUCUUUAGUAUGAAGGCAUUUCGUGAUGCAUCCAGUCAAGAUGGACUCGUCUCCAAAGCAGAAUAUUAUAGAAAUAAAAUUGAUAAUCGCAUAGCCGACUUCAUCAUUCAAAUGGGGAAAGUUGCGACAUUACACCAAGUGACAACUAUGGAAAGAGUGGUAGAUUUGCUUAAUGAUGCCGAAAAUAAAGGUCCUGAAAUGCGUGGACAAAUAAUCAUUUCUAAAAGAUGUUCUCCCAAAGUCACGUAA